UUGGAUCUGAAUCUCCCAAUCAUGAUGACCGGAUUUCGGCUCAACCUGUUGCCCCUGAAGGAGCCUCUGGGCUUCAUUAAACUGGUGGAGUGGCUCACGGCCAUAUUUGCCUUUGGAAGCUGUGGAGGAUACUCAGGAAGGAACGUCAUAUCUCUCUUCUGCGGUGACGGCAAGAAUGAGACGCUCAAUGCCCAGUUUCACUACCCAUUUAGGUUGAGCCAGGUCCCGCUCAUUGAGGGAAACACCACUAUUUGCAAUCGGUCCGUCAGCACGACGCACAUGAUGGGAGACUCGGCCUCCGCGGCGGAGUUCUUUGUGGGCAUCGGUAUCGUCUGCUUCCUGUACAGCAUGGUGGCUCUGCUGGUUUAUUUAGGCUACAUGCACGUCUACAAGGACUCCGAUUUCGGACCAAUCUUUGACUUCGUCAUCACGGCGGUCCUGGUCUUCCUGUGGCUGGUGUGUUCGUCGGCCUGGGCCAAGGGCCUGCAGAACGUGAAGGACGCCACGGACACCGAGGCCAUCGGCGCCACGCUGGCGCUCUGCCAGGGCGGGAACGUCACCUGCCAGGUCACGGAGUUCGCCAGCAUGCGCACGCUCAACGUCUCCGUGGUGUUCGGCUACCUCAACAUGUUGGUUUGGGCUGGCAACGCCUGGUUCGUGUACAAGGAAACUCGUUGGCACUCCCAGAAGUUCUCUUCCCAGCCAGGGCCUGGAAGGCAGCAGGUCCCUGCUCCAAUCUAACGACCCAAAUCAGCCAAACACACAAGCACAGUCCCAUUUAAUCCAGGCAUAAAGACGUACACGCCUCACACGGACACCAGACUCUAACCCCAAGCACAAACUGCUCUGAGAAGACGAUGAGGACAAAAUUGGAAUUUUGCUUGCCUGAAAUUGAGUCCCCUGCACAUUCACAGCAUACGGAAACGGCUCUGAAAGUAGGAGGGCACAGCUCCUCAGUGACACCACCAGCACUACACCAUGCUCCAUGUGCCUUUACUUUUUACUAAUUCCUACAACAGAUACAUUUGGUUAGCCAGACCAUUUCUGAUACUGC